GGUGAACCGCAGCUUACCUCGGCUCAGUGCAUACCUAGGACUAACUCCGUCAGGUACAGUGAGUGUGGUACCAAGCUUUUCACGACACUUCGUGUGCACGGCUGCUAAGGGGAUCGUCUGUUGUAAUCUGCACACAUUAAAACGCGAGGAGUUCCUUCGGAUACGAGAUGAACAUAGGGACGCAGCCACCAGUCAGCCUAUCGGCUUUAGGGUCUGUGGCAGCCGCCUACUUCAAUGCCGGAGCCGCUGCGGCCACCGCGGGUAGUACACCUAGCCCUCCGUCCCGGUUCACCAUUGAUAACAUACUGGCACCGAGGCCCUAUCCCUUACACCAUCCAACCACUAGACAAAGCCCGUAUUUCCCAAUGGCUUCUCAUCCGCACUUCUCCAUGCUACCCCAGGAGUAUUAUUUGGCCUACGCGCCGUUCCCCGGUUACCCUCACCUCGACCUACUCGCCCGUAACCAGAAACGCAAGCGGCGUCACCGCACUAUCUUUACGGAGGAGCAACUGGAGCAGUUGGAGGCUACCUUCGAGAAGACGCACUAUCCCGACGUGAUGCUGAGGGAAGAACUGGCCAUGAAGGUGGAUCUAAAGGAGGAGAGAGUCGAGGUGUGGUUCAAAAAUAGAAGGGCUAAGUGGCGGAAACAGAAACGCGAACAGCAAGAGAUGGCGAAGCGUGCCGCCGCCAACGCCGCCAGCAAGCUGAGCGCGGUCCGGAGUGACUCUCUCAGCGGCAGCCAGCGGAAGGACGACGCCGAAGAAAGCGAGGAGGACUCGGCCCACGGAUUAGACGAGAACAGCCUCUCCGAUGAGGACCUCGAACACAACAACAAUAACAGUCCGGGUUCUCAACCGACCGCCAAGCCAGCCGUCAGAGGUGGGGACUUGCCGAACGGGGCAUUUUUGCCAUUCGGCGGGAUCGGUCGAGGGUUAGACCCUGCCAGUAGGUCUAUGUAUGCCCUGCCUAACAGUACAACUCCCAAAUUCUGAGUGAAAAAAAAA